CAAGGAUUACUUUGUCCGGAACGCAGACUUUGACUUCUUCAACUACGUGGGACUGCAGCGGUCUGUGCUUCUGUACACGACACCCACCACCUACAUCGAUGACAUCACCGUCACCACCGGUGUGGAGCAUGACAGUGGGCUGGUGAAUGACCAGAUCUCCGUCAAGUAACCUGUCUGUACUUAUUGGAGAUGCAGUCUCGCUCUGUCACCCAGGCUGUAGUCCAGUGGCGUGAUCUCAGGGCUCCUCACCAAGGCCGAGAUAGAUCAGAUACUCCAUGGCCUAGACAAGGUGGCUGAGGAGUGGGCCAAGGGCACCUUCAAACUCAACUCUGAUGAUGAGGGCAUCCACACAGCCAUGAGCGCCGCCCGAAGGUACAACCCCUGGAGCCCCACCACUUUCCUGGCCUCCCCUCUCCACCUUGCCCCGGGACCACUUUGAGCAUUAGCACCAUCAUUCUGUUUACUUCGCCAUUGUCAGACAGCAGGUGAGACCUCAGGACGUGGGCCAGGCACGCUGGCUUAUGCCUGUAAUCCUAGCACUUUGGGAGGCUGAGGUGGGAGGAUUGCUUGAACCCAGGAGAUGGAGAUUACAUUGAGCAGAGAUCGCGCCAUUGCACUCCAGCCUGUGUAACAGAGCAAGACUUCAUCUAAAAAAAAUAAAAGAAAGCAGUGUUUCUCAAAGCUAGUCCCCCAACUAGCGGCACCAGCAUCACCUCAGAAUUCCUGAGAAAUGUGAUGUGAGGCCCCACUUUAGAUGGCUGAAUCAGAGAUUCUGGGGGUGGUCCCCAGUAAUCUGUUAUUUAUUUUAUUUUAUUUUAUUUUAUCUUUGAGAUGGAGUUUUCGCUCUUGUUGCCCAGGCUGGAGUGCAGUGAUGCGAUCUCAGCUCACCGCAAACUCCACCUCCCGGGUUCAAGCGAUUCUCUUGUCUCAGCCUCCCGAGUAGCUGGAAUUACAAGCAUGCGCCACCACGCCCGGCUAAUUUUGCAUUUUUAGUAGAGACGGGGUUUCACCAUGUUGGUCAGGCUGGUCUCGAACUCCCGACCUCAGGUGAUCCGCUAGCCUUAGCCUCCUGAAGUGCUGGGAUUACAGAUGUGAGCCACCAUGGCUGUCCAGCAAUUUGUAUUUUUAAUAAAUUCUCCAGUGGCUAGGCCUAGUGGCUCAUGUCUGUAGUUCACAGUGCCUUGAGAGGCUGAGGCAGGAGGAUCACUUGAGCCUAGGAGUUCAAAACCAGCCUGAGCAACACAGGGAGACCCUGUCUCUAAAAUUAAAAAAACUAAAUUAGCAGUCAUGAUGGUGUGUACCUGUGGUCCCAGCCACUCAGGAGACUGAUGUGGGAGAAUCCCUUGAGUCCAGGAGCUCAAGGCUGCAGAGAACCAUGAUUGCACCAUUGCACUGCAACCUGGGUGAUAGAGCAAGACAUUGUCUCAAAAAAGCCCAAAUCAACAACAACAAAUUAGCAGGGCACAGUGGUGUGCACGCCUUUAGUCCCAGCUAUUCGGGAGGCGAAGGCUGAAAGAUCCCUUGAGUCCAGGCUGCAGUGGGCUAUGAUGGCCACUGCACUCCAGCCUGGGCAACAGAGCAAGACCCUGUCUCCUAACAAAACUAAUCUACUGGACCAUGUGAUGCAUGCUAAACAUAAGGACUCUUUGAAAACGUAAAGGCCAGUAAAACCUACAGGCCAGUAAGCGUUAAUAGCGCACUUAAAUAUGAUCAAUAAUUACGAGAAGAUGGUUCAAGCUGAGAGUGAGAGCCGAAUGGGUAAGAGAGGAUCUGCCCAAGGCAGGGACAUCCUGGCAGAGGGACAGGUCCUGGGCCUGACAGUGUCAGACCCCAGGGUGCCCAGGGCUCACCACUCGUCCACCUACGCCCCUAGGUUCACUGAGAGAAUAUGGGACAGGCCCUCACCCCAACAUGCUGGCCACUGACCUCGCCUACUACCCAGUCCUCAAAGGGGCGAGUGUGUAGCAGCCAGGGGGAGGGUGAGGAGAUGGGGUGCCCCUCAGAGGGCAGGGGAGCUCAGUAAGGGGUACAGGCGGACCGGCCUGGUGGCUCACACACUUGUAAUCCCAGCACUUUGGGAGGCCUAGGUGGGAGGGUCACUUGAGGCCAGAAGUUCGAGACCAGCCUGGUCAACGUGGUGAAAUCCUGUCUCUACUAAAAAUACAACAGUUAGCCAGGCGUGGUGGCACAGUACUAUGAUCCCAGCUACUCAGGAGGCUGAGGCAGGAGAAUCGCUUGAACCUGGGAGGUAGGUGGAGGUUGCAGUGAGGUGAGAUCGUGCCACUGCACUCCAGCCUGGGGGACAGAGCAAGACUUUUUAAAAAAAGAAAAAAAAGAAAAAAAAAGGGGAAGGGGCACAGGCAGUGGAGGCAGAUCAGGGCAUGGAGGAAGCUGCCUCAGCGCCACCUCCUAGGAGGUGAGCCUAGGUGCCUGGAGGUCGGGGUAGCCCAAUGCCCUGGCCCACCUCUUCCUCUUUCCCCAGCCCCUGUUCUCAGGCAAUGCGAGCCACAUGUGGGACUACGGGCACAGUGUGGAGCAGUACGGUGCCCUGGGUGGCACUGCAUGCUCCAGCUUCAACGGGCAGAUCCGCCAGGCAUGGAAGAGGCUCCGCUGUGGCCUGCUCAAAUUCCUGCUAUGGAAAGCAAGAGAAGGUGCUCCUUGAAGAAACGGGGAUCCCACCAAUCUCAGGGGUUCUGUCCUGGCCUGCGGCCCUGGAUCGUCCAGACUGUGCUGGGGUGGGGAACCGACCUUGCCCUUCUUGGCUGGGCCGGAGAGUGAGGGUCCCGCUUCCCCAAAGGCCUAGCCCGGGGUUCCAGCUGCAGGCCCCACUGGGCAGCACCAGGCCCAUCCCGCUCCUCUAGGCCUGGCGCUCGCCCUCAGCAAAGAUGGCGCGGAUCGUCUCAGGUACCUGAUGCGACCUGUCCGCGGCCUCCUCCUGCUCUGCUCUUAGCCCUGCAGAUGGUGGCCAAGCAGUGGAGCGGAAAGUGUGACCUAGUGGACAGGUGUGGCCUGCACGGCAUUUGGGCCGCUGUUGCUGUGCACUGGCACUGCAAGGGAGGAUGCUGUACCCCCAGGAGAGCCUGUCGCGGGAGCCCAAGGAGCUGGGUGGCCUCUGGAGCUUCCCCGCCGAUUUGGACAACCGACGCCAGGGCUUUAAGGAGCAGUGGUACCUGCGGCUGCUGCAGGAGUCGGGCCCCACCCUGGACGUGCUGGUUCCCUCCAGCUUCAACGACAUUGGCCAGGACUGGCGCCUGCGACAUUUUGUUAGCUAUGUGUUGUACGAAUGGGAGGUGACCCUGCCGGAGCAAUGGACCCAGGACCUGCGCACAAGAGUGGUGCUGAGGAUUGGCAGUGCCCACUCCUAUGACAUCGUGUGGGUGAAUGGUGUCAACACGCUAGAGCAUGAGGGGCUGACAUCAGCAGCAUGGUCCAGGUGGGGCCCCUGCCCUCCUGCCUCCACAUCACUAAUCACCAUCAAUAAUAUGCUCAACCCCAAGGGGGAGGGGACCUUGCCACCAGGGACCAUCUGCUACAUGACCGACACCUCCAAGGUUGCUUUGUCCAGAACACAGACUGACAUCUUCAAGUACGCGGGACUGCAGCGGUCUGUGCUUCUGUACACGACACCCACCACCUACAUCGACGACAUCACUGUCACCACCGGCGUGGAGCAGGACAGUGGUGAGGGCUUCUGGUCAAAUAUGUAUUCAGGCAGAAGUCUUCUGCAGUGGCAGAGCCCUCAUGGAGAACCUGUGCUAGGGCAAUGCAGAAGGGAAAUGUGGGGUUGGAGCUCUCAUGCAGAGUCCCCACUGAAGCUGCCAACUGGAAUUGUGAGAAGGCCACUAUACUCCAGACCCCAAAAUGCCAGAUUCACUAUGAGCUUGCACUGUGCACCUGGAAAAGCCGCAGGCAUUCAAUUCCAAUCCAUGAAGGAGCUGCUUAAGGCCAUGAGGGCCCACCCUUUGCAUCAGCAUGGUCCACAUGUGAGACAUGGAGUCAAAUGAGAUCAUCUUAGACCUUUAAGAUUUAAUGACUGACCCGUUGGAACUCAAACUUGCAUAGUGCCUGUAUCUCCUUGGUUUGGGCCAGUUUCUCCCAUUUGAAAUAGGAGAAUUUAUCUAAUGCCUGUACCCCUAUUGUAUCUUGGGAGUAACUAACUUGCUUUUGAUUUACAGGCCCAUAGGUAGCAGGGACUUGCCUUGUCUCAGAUGGAUGUAGACUUUUGGGUUAAUGCUAAAAUGAGUUAAGACAUUGGGGGACUGUUGGGAAAGUAUGUUUACUUUUGAAAUAUAAAAAGAGCAUUAGAUUUUGAAGGGACCAGGAGCAGAAUGAUACCCAUGGUGUUCUCAUGAUAGUGAGUGAGUUCUCAUGAGAUCGGAUGGUUUUAUAAGUGGUAAUUUUUCCUCCUUUCCCUCUCUCUUGCCACCUGGUGAAGAAGCUACCUGCUUCUCCUUCACCCUCUCCCAUUAUUUUAAGGUUCCUGAGGCCUCCCCAGCCAUGUGUAACUGUGAGGCAAUUAAACUUCCUUUCGUCAUAAAUUAUCCAGGCUUGGGUAGUAUCUUUAUAGCAGUGUAAAAAGAGACUAAUGCACAAAUAUAAGAUAGGGCUAUCUGUGUCCUAGAUGCUUCAUAAUCAGCCAUAAUUAUUCCUGUUUGAGUUUCUUUGUAACUCUCAGCCACAGAUGGAAAAUAUUCAUGGUGAAAAUGUAACAUUGAUUGUGCAUGUGCAGAGGACAUCUGUUCCCAGGCUGCAGAACGGCGUCUCUGAAUUUAAAUAAAAAUUCUGCUUUUCAAAUUUUCUGAUUAUCUUGUUUUGUGUCUUUUUAUGUCUAUCCAAAUGAUGUGUCCAUUACAGCCCUUCCCCUUUUUUCUGUGAUAUGGCUACAGUUUUCUCACUGUUCUCUCUGUACCAUGUCAUUUCACAUAGUACUUUGUAGGUUCUGAUGAGAAGUUUGGAAUUUUUUAAUAUGGUGAAAAACUAUGUUAAACUUGGGAGUUUGAGCUUAUUUAUAGCUUCUUGAUGUAACUUCCAGAUCAGUUAAUUGAGGUAAGAGGCAUACACUGUCUACAGGUGAGAAGAUUAAAUCAGGAAGCACUGUUUGUCUUAGUAAAAAUUUUUUAUUAGAUUCUAAGACAAAGUGUAGCAUAUACAAAAUUAGUUAGAAAAUAUAUCUUAGAAAUUAAACUUAUCAGAGAGUUAAUAUUAAGGGAUAAUUAAAUGUAAUUUUUAUGAUAUAUUUAUAGCACAACUUAUGUUUUCAUGCAGAAUCAUGUAUUUUUUAGUGUGAAUGUUAAAUGUUGCAAAUAAAAUGAGCUGUGGAUUUAAAA